GUACAGAUAGCCCUUGCGAUUCGCCGCUUCAGAGGGGAUGGGGAGGGCCUGCCAGUCGCCUUCCGAUGCCCUGUGGGUCGUGACAAAGCCCUCGACGAACGACAGCUCCUCUCCUUGCAGCGACAAGCCGACCGUUGCAGCACCGUGACGAUCUGGGCCUCCUUCGUGUUGAGCCGAUCUCCCGGAUGCAACGAGUGCGAUGCCGAGACUGCUGCUGAGCGAUGCUGAUGACGAUGAGUCGCUGCGCAUUGUCGUCCCAUUGUGCCGGGCCAGCCACCGCCGAUAGCCAAGCAAAGAGGCGACGAAGAGAAGCGCCGCCAAGAAGACCAUCCUGCCGACUCGCAGGCCACGUCUGACUGCUGAGUGGGGAUAGCCACGUCCGCCGUCUUGCUGCCGAAUACUUAAUGCCACGUCAUGGCUGCCAGCAUCGCUGUGGUUUGCGGAGAAGAACAUCAGAAGGGCCCUUCGUAGGCGCCAUUUGGGAUUCUCCUUCAUCCCUUGUCAUCCCAAAUUCAACACUCCGUCCGAUGAGCACAUUCCAGAGCAGAUGCGAUCAGUCGCGUGCAGUGGUCCUAUCAACGAAGCUGCUGGCGUCCUUGUUCUUCC